UGGUCCCCCACGUCCUGCGCCAGGGAGCGGUGCGUUGUGGGAAACUCCUUAGCUCUCCUCUCCGCAUCCGCGGUUGCCACCCGUGUCGUCCCACAGAGAGCUGCGGGCAGCUGAGGCCGGAGACCCCGAGGACGGCGUGCAUGUAAUGCCCGGGGGUGAGCUGUCCUGAGCCACUGUGUCCAGACCCUUGCCUGUCCCACUUCGCUCUGCCUGGCUGCUCGCACCGCCCACCAUGGAGUCCAGAGGGAAGUCGGCCAGCCCCAAGCCCGACACCAAGGUGCCCCAGGCCACUGCUGAGGCCAAGGCCCCCCCGGCUGCUGAUGGGAAAGCCCCCCUGACCAAGCCUGUGAAGAAGGAGGCCCAAGCAGAGAAGCAGGAGCAGCCGGUGGCCCCCGCCCAGGUCCCUGCCAAGAAGACCCCAGCCAAGGCAGACCCUGCCCUUCUCAACAACCACAGCAACCUGAAGCCCACCCCCACGGUCCCAACGGCCCCGAGCAGUCCCGAUGCAACCCCGGAGCCCAAGGGCCCUGGGGAUGGGGCUGAAGAGGACGAGGCCACCAGUGGGGCCCCUGGGGGCCAAGGUCCCUGGCCUUGCGAGAACUUGACCCCCCUGCUGGUGGCUGGGGGUGUGGCUGUGGCAGCCGUGGCCCUGAUUCUUGGUGUGGCCUUCCUGGCCCGGAAAAAAUGAUGCCUGGUACCCAGGUGGGUCCGGAACCACUUCCUGUACAGACCUGGGGAAGCUAAUGCAUGCGGCACUCAUCCCUAUCUAUCCACACGCACAUACACAGUAUAUACACACAUGUGCACACGUACUCGCCCUCACACACCGCGGGGAACAGACCGGCCCACCGCGCGGAGGAUGCCCUGCCCGCCUCAGCGCACUGCAGCACGCCGCCCUCCCGACUCCAGGGCAGUGGGGACCCACUCUGGGGUUCACAGGGCAGGAUGGGGGGAGCCACGGCAUCGGGCAGCAGGGGCCGAAGGAGGCACGGACGCUGCACCGCCGUCCUGCCUGCUGGGUGUGUCUUUCCGGAUGUGUCCUGAGAGGCCCCAGAGGUCGUGGGCCUCCUGCAGGGACAUCCCAAGGAGCCUCAGGGCUGGUCUCAUGUGCUGGGGGAAAGGGCAUGAGGUGAGCAGGCCAGCCUCGCGGGGACACUAACGGUGACAUUUCAGCCCCUGCCCUGCUCUUCAUGCGCGGCCGGCGGUCUGCCUGGGCCUGAUGCCGCGGGUGACUGGAGGUGGCAGCCACCCCCACCUGCUCGCGCCCUGGCAGGUGGAAAGCCCUGCAGGUUGGUCUGGGAGGGCCUGCCCACAGCUCAGCUUUCCCAGCUUAUGCCCCAGGGGGCCCUGAGGCGGGGGUCAUGGCAAUUAUGGGGGUGGUUGAGAGCCUGGGAGGAACCCCCCACAGCUGUGCCUGCCAGCCCCCACAGCUGCCCCUCCUGCCUGCGCCCAGCGUCCUCCGUCUAACAAGCGUAUAAAUGCAAUAACGGGUAGAGUAGAGCCACCCCUCGUGCCUGCAGGGAGCCCGCUGUGCAGCACCUCCUGAGCACGUCUGCUCCCGGCGGCCCUUGGGCGGUGGCGGCAGGCAGGCUCCCGGAAGUGGCGGCUGGGCGCUGUGGGGACAUGCUGUGCCCUCACCCGGCCUGUGGCCACGGCACCCCGGCCCUGAGUGGAGGCUGAGUCUGAAAUAAACUCUGUUGUCUAAA